GACGACCGCAACGUCAUCCUUUGCGUGGAAGAGGCCGGCGAUGCGGCGAACCUGUGGGCCCUGCGGAAGGUUACCGAAGUCGACCCCGACUACAAGCGGACCAUCCUGAUCCGCAGCAAGCUCGACAAGUACUAUAGCGACCUGACCGCCUCCAACGUCCACCAGUGGCUGGAAGGCUUCGGGGACCUGCCCAAGAACCUGACCAAGUUCGCGAUGACGCUCCCGCACUGGAG